AUGCAAAGGACGCCUCGAUCCACCCUCGAUCAGCUCAGGAAGUUCCACGCCAUCUCCUCGGCGAGGGAAGCUGCCCUCCUCGCCCUUCUCUCCGGAGACGAUCAGGCCACAAAGCACGAAUUCUUCGCUCUCCUCAAAACCCUCCAGAGGGACCUCUUACCGCUCUCCGACGACGAGGAAAAGGCCGCUCCGCGCAGGCGCUUCGAUGCCGGCCUCGCGACCCUCCUGUACCGAUCCAGACUGGACGAGCAGCCCUCCCGCAUCGACGCCUCGCGCGCACCUCCUUCCAAGACGCCUAGUCCGCCUUCCAGCUCGUCAUCGAAGCUCACAUCGACGACGGCUGUAAUCACAAGCUGCACCGCCAGCUCUGCCUCCAACAAGCGCCGCUCGCCGUCGACGCCGUACGACGAUUCGUCCCCCGGCUCCGAGCUCGAAGUCUCGCCAGGCAAGCGGAUCCGCACCCUUGAUCAACGCACCUUGCCGGCACGCUCUCCUUCGCCGACCGACAAGCGCGGAACCGCUGCUCGCCUCCUAGCCAGCCGCGGCUCGUUUGCCGCGCGCGGCAGGCCGCAACGCACUCGAGCCGGUGAGGCUUCCACUGCAGCGCGUCUUGAUCGCGCGCAGGACACGCUGACCGGAGUCACUGCCAAGCUAUCGCUUCGCUCCGACCAGUCCAAGGCGCCGGCGACCCGCGUUGAUCCAGCCUCUCAUAGGCCUGGUCCGGACUCGGAGAUCUGCACGCCGGAGCCGCAGCGGCGGCCGCUGCCCGCGUUGGCCCCGGUGGCUGCGACAAAGAUGCCCGCGCUCAACAAGGCCGGAGCGUCCGCAGGACCGACUUCCGAUCCGACCUGCAGGAUGCCCGCCGCAGUCAACGACGUCGUCCCUGCCUUACACCGACUUAAGAUUAUGCAAAGGCAGUCCGACGGCCGCAGCGGUGUGCCGUGGGGCACCCAAUUCUUCCUGGCAUCCCUCGUGUCCGAUGGCUGGAUCACAUGGGACAACAUCAACAUUGUCGACGGCAUCGGCGCGCUCCGAUCCGAGUCGAGCCUUGCUUCGAUGCGCCAGUUCUACGACCGUCAAGUGCAGGCCAAGCUGUGGGACGAUGCUGAGCAGAUAUGGCUACCCGCGUGGCAGACCAUUUCGCAGCAAGAGGCCGACACGCACGCCGAGCUCGAUCGCGAGAAUCAGGCUCUCCGUCGGUCCCCGGUUGCCGGCGUGGGAGCGAGCCCGGACCCGAGAGAUGACUGGUUUGGCGGCAAAGUCCACUUUGAAGCGCAGGUGGCGCUGGCGGAGGGGGCCCAGCACAAGGGCUGGAAACCUUCCGCCGUUACGCAGGAUGUCAAGUUCGAAGUUCGCCUCUUGCCCCCUCGGCUCGGUGCCAGCUGCCGCCUGACGAGGCGAUUUGGGAGCGAGCGUUUCAUUCGGCUCAAGGUGGCGCCGUCGCUGCUCAAGUCGCUGCAGCGGUACGACCCGAGCAAGGAGGCCGAGCGCGAUUUCCGCGACUUUCUCCUGCGACCCUUCCACAUCCUCGGCCGCAUCUUCCGCCCCUGCCUGGUCAAGGAGAGCGCCAUCUGGCUGCUGCAGGUCGACGAGAUGUAUCCGUCAUUCUACCCCCUGGAGCUGCGCAGCGUCUUCUCGCUUUACGAUCACCACGGCCCUUGGGAGGAAAACAGCGGCAGCACGCUGGGCAAGUAUCUCCAGAGGAUGCUCCUCGCCAUCUCCAUCUCGACGCCGGCUGUACUCGUCGACGAGAUCGUCUACGAGGAUGACGUCCUGGGCGACGUGUACGAAGGCCGCGGCUCUCGACGCGUCAUGACUGACGGUGCGGCCUCGGCGUCGUACUCGGUGUUCAAGGCAAUGGCCGAUCGGCUCAACUAUCCGACGCUACCGUCGGCAGUCCAGGCCCGCGUCGCCGGCGCCAAGGGCGUCUGGUUCCUUGUCCCCAAUACGGAUCAGCGCUACGAUGCCAACGCACCCCGGGUCAUCCACGUCCGAAGCAGCCAGAACAAGCUCAAGCUGCCCAACUUUGACGACUGCGACCCCUGCCAUAAGGUGAUCGAUCUUCUCACCAACGCCAAGACGACCCUGCCCUCGACGCUGAGCCAGCAGAUCCUCAUGGUCAUGAGUCACGGCGGGGUGCCGAACGAGACCUUUAUGGCGCUGCAGCGCGACCACCUGUCCACCAUCGUCGAACUCUUCGCCAACGUGGACGCCGGCGACGGCGAGGUCUUGAUCAACCUUGCCAAGGAGGUCGACGACUGCGCCGGCGUCGCGAUCGGCCGCGUAAAGCGCUCGAUGGAGAUGUCGGCCCAGCGCGCACACGGCCUCAUCUCUCGCACGGACGACGAUCGCAACGACGCUCGCCGCUCCGACGGGCAGGACAGCUUCUUUUCCCACGACGGCUACCAUCUGUGGUCCAGCCGACCACUGCGCCGGGCAGAGUGCGCCUACGAACUGCUGAUGGCCGGCUUCCGUCCGACCGAAAACCGCUACCUUGCCGACGAGAUCUUCUCCAUCGCCGAUCUGGAGAUGACCCGCGUCCUCAGGAACUUUGCCAUCCCCCUGGAGCGCAGCGCCGAGGCAAUGUGCAUGCCGGACCCGACGGGCGUGCUGGAGGAGGGCGAGAUGCAGUUCCGCUUCAGCAUCGAAGGCGUCGUCGACCCGGACACCAAGUUGCGGAUCCACCACGUGCCCGAGGGCGAUGUCCUUGUGACUCGCCACCCCUGCCUCCUACCCACCGACAUCCAAAAGGUCCGAGCCGUGGUCAGGCCGGAGCUGGCCGUCUUCCAGGACGUCGUCGUCUUUUCGACCAAGGGCAAACGGCCGCUGGCGGACCUGCUGAGCGGCGGAGACUACGACGGCGACCUCGUGCGCUGCUUCUGGGACCCGCGCCUCGUCGAGCCCUUUCGCAACGCACCGGAGCACUUUGCCGACCUCACCCCCAAGCUCAAGGCCAGGUUCGUCGACAACAACGUGGCGGUCGCCGACUUUCUCGAUCGCCACCGGGACAAGCCGACCGGGGAGCGAGACGACGAGCUGACCCAGCUGCUGAUCAAGUCGCUGUUCGCCCGUCAGCUCAAGGGCUUCUACGGCAACAUGCACCUGGUCGCGAGCUACCGGUACGGCUGCGACAGCGCAGAGGCCGUCUCGCUCGCCCACACCUUCAACCAGUGCAUGGACUCGUCCAAGACGGGCCUCGAGCUCAAGGAGGACGUCUACCGGGCCGACUCGAGACGCUUCAACCUCCAGCUGCCCCCUUGGGGCGUCAAGGACGAUGGCCUCGAGGACCUCCGCAAGAGGAAUGCGUUCAUCUACGAUGGCGACCGGCUGCCGACCGUCAAGAGAGCGGCGCGGCUGCCUCCGUGCAUCCUCGACAUCCUGCACGAGCAGGCACAGAAGCACUGCAUCGAGCUCAAGGCACAGCUGCGUCUGCGGCUCAACAUCCUGGAAGGUGCUCGCCUGGACGAGGAUGUCGCGCUUUCGCGGCCGUGGAAAGAGGCCAUGGAGAAGGGCCGCCUCGAGCAACACUUGGUCGACGCCAUCUGCCGGCACGUCGACUUUGUGCUCGAGAGCGUUCGCCUGACCAACCGACAAUUGGCGAGCGAUUACGAGCGGGAGGGCAAGGCUGCCAUCGCCGCCGGCGGGCGCGGCGGCAAGGCCGACGUGAGGCGCAAGCCCAAGCAGCGAAACGCGCGAGGCGCCAAGUCGAUGCAGAGGACCAAGUCGGCGCCCUUUCCUCCUUCGUCGCAGCGGGACGAGAUCGGCGCGAGUGCCGAGCACAGGGGCGGCAGUGGCAAGCUGACGAGGACCCGGUCGGAUGCCGGAACUUUGUUCGAUGAAGCGCUCGAGAGCAGCGACGACGGCUGGGAGGCUCUGCUGCGCGACCCGUCGGCGCUGGCCAAGAUUGAGGAGGUCGAACACGGAGCCCACGCCCGCCUUAGCGCGACGGCCAUCGCCGAGCUCGAGGACGAUGGCGAUGGCGACGACGAGUUUGUCGAUGCGCGAUGCUACCCUCCGCCGUCGUCUUCGUCGACCGAGGCGGGCGAUACGCCCGAGACGUCGAUCCUCUUUCCCUCGACCUCCGCCUCUACCUCCGUUUCGACGCCAUCGACGGCGGCCGUAUCGAGCGGGAGCGCAACAGGCACCCUCAUCUCUUCUUCUGUCUCUUCGCAGCUCGCCCCGGUCCCCGGCCUCGCCGACGGGUCGUCAUCGUCGACGGAGAUCAGCUUUGCCUUCGUCCCUCCAAUGGCGCCACGGGCAUACGACACGAUCGACGAGCUGGUACAGGUCUUCCACGCAUGGCCGCUCGAGCUGCAGGGCUACCUGCGCGGGCUGGACCGCGAAGAGGUGGAGCGGCUGCAGCGGCUCCGCGCCUCGUACGCCUACUCGUGGUGCCUGUCGCGGUACAACUGGUCUCCGCACAAGAUCCGCGACCUCUUUGAGCUCGCAUGGAGGGACUUGCUCGUCCUCAAGGCCAAAGAGACGGGGAGGUCCGUCACCGUCAGAAAGGAGGCGUGGCUGCACUGUAGACUCAAGAAACCCCCGGGUCGUUAG